AUGUCGAGACCAAAAACUGCAAACACUCGUCCGGCCACCUCAACAGGUCAGCUUGACCAGAGCUUUCGGCCAACAACCUCGGGCGGACCACGCGCAGAUUCUGCAUACGACAAUGAAGAGGACACGUCAAGCGGUUAUUCCAGUGCUGAUGAGUCUUGCAAGGGUGUGCAGCCUCAUCAGGGCGAAGACGAUGAUGAUGACGUCUUUGCUUUCGCCCCUCCUGGCCUAGCAACUCACAUUGUGCAGGUGGUUCCGACGCCAUCGGAACUAUCAGCUCAGUUGCCGGCAGCUUCAGCUGAAGAUAGUCGGUUGGCUCCUCCAGGCAGGAACGAACCGGCUCGCGAGAGUGUCUACUAUUUUGACCAAACCAGUGGGGCCGUCUAUAGUGCUCGAGGAAGUCUGGUGCAAGUGCAAGCACCUAACCCUCCUGCAGCAGCAGUCCUAUCGCCAGAAGCAUCUCGAAAGCAAGAUCUGAACGAAAAUCAGAAGCCACAGCAGACCCUACAGCGCAGCACCUCGAUCAAAUGGCAUCCAUCAACGAGAUGCGAAAAUGAAGCAUGGUCUGGUCGAAGCGAUUUCUCAGCCAAGGAUAGCCAACGCGCAGUCUCACCCAGUUUAUCUUAUCACGACGCUACCUCGUUAAACGGUCAUAGUACCUUUACGCCAUCUUCCGACAGCGUUGACCUGUUGCGAGCCUUGCCUCGCCCUUCCUUCUCCAGAGCGGUAGAGUUAGAGCUCGAGGAGGAAGACGACUCGCCGUAUGCAGAAGUGCGAGCGUCCGUGUCCAACGUCGAUGAUCCAUCGAUGCCUUCUAUCACGUUUCGAUCUGUGGUGCUGGGAGUUAUCCUCUCGGCGUUUACUUCUGCCGUCAACACUUUCCUAUCGCAACGCAAUCCUCCGAUUCAGAUCGUCGCGAUCAUCAUUCAGAUUCUCUCGCAUCCGCUUGGCUCCGUGAUGGCCAACAUUCUGCCGAUUCGAUCUUUCACCUUUCGUCUACCGAACUGGUCAAGCAACAGAAACACUGCACGCUCGACCAAGUCGUACACCUGGUCGUUCAACCCAGGUCCGUGGAAUAUCAAAGAGCACACUGUGGUGCUUAUCGCUGCCACAACGGGACUUAAUCCGUCUUAUUCGCUGUCCAUCCUGCUGACACAGGAUCUGGCUCGAUUUUGGAACGAUAGAAGGUCUUUUUUGUACGGGUUUCUCUCGGUUUGUGCGCCCCAGCUAGUCGGCUUGGCGCUUUCCGGUUUUGUUCGCGCUGUCCUCGUCGAGCCUGCUUCGAUGAUUUGGCCGCAGAACCUGGCCGUCUCAACGGUACUCAACACUUUGCACGCCGAAGAAGACUCGGCGGCUACCCAUGGCUCUAAACAAAUGUCAAGGUUCCGCUUCUUCAGUCUGGCUUCCUUGAUCUCUUUUGUCGUCUUUUUUGUCCCAGGUUACCUCUUCACCGCACUCUCGAUCUUCAACUGGGUUUGCUGGAUCUGGCCGAACAGCGUGCCCAUCAACACCGUUUUCGGGAUCGCAAGUGGACUUGGCGCAAGCUUUUUGACCUUCGAUUGGACGCAGAUUAAUUUCCUCGGCUCCCCGCUCGUCAUGCCGUGGUGGGCGCAGGCGAAUCUAUUCGGCGGCUUUGUGGUCGGCAUUUGGAUCGCUGUGCCCAUCAUUUAUUUUACUAAUUCGUUGCAUACAGCCUACCUCCCCAUCAUAUCGGCCAGCAGCUUUGAUCGCUUCGCACAGCCGUACAAUGUUAGCAUCGUCUCUCCGGACCACAUGACGUUGCGCAAAGAUGCGUAUGCAAAUUAUUCACAGGUGUACAUCUCGGCAGGACUCGUGGUGGCUUACUUUGGAGGAUUUGCGCUCAUCACGGCUGCCGCGGUGCAUACUGCGCUGUACCACGGCCGGUUCAUUUGGAAUCGGCUGCGGACGAAAAGGACGUUGCCGGACGAUGUACAUGCGAGAUUGAUGCGUAGAUACGCUGCUGUGCCGUCCUGGUGGUAUGCUGUUGCUCUUGUGUCAGGGAUCGGCAUGUUGGUCUUUCUCACGACGGCUUAUAGCACUCAGCUACCCAUUUGGGCGCUUUGCUUGGCAAUCCUCAUCCCUGCGGUUUACCUUUUGCCAUUUGGCUUCAUAUUUGCCAUGAGCGGUCUCCCUGCUGGCGUCAAUCUCGUCUCGGAACUGUUGGCAUCAUGGUUGCUGCCGGGAAAACCGCUCCCGGUGAUGAUGCUCAAGACAAUCAGUCAGCAAACCACAACAUUCAGUCUGCUCUUUGCUCAAGAUCAGAAGCUGGCGCACUACAUGAAGAUUGCUCCGCGCAAGAUCUUCUUUGUGCAAGUGCUGUCGAUCUUGGUCAACAGUGUGAUGCAGAUCUUAGCCAAGGAUUAUCUGCGCGAUCACAUUCAGGGUCUUUGCGAUCCAAAUCAACCGCAACGCUUUACCUGUCCCACUGUCAACAUCUUCUACACGGCUUCGAUCUUAUGGGGCGCCAUCGGCGUAGAGCGAAGUUUCGGUCCUAGGUCGCCCUACUAUUCGCUCUUUUAUGGUCUCAUCGUUGGCGCAAUCGUACCGCUGAUCACAUGGUACACGUCAAGGAAAAUCAAAUGGGCGCCCUUGACAGCUCUCUCCGCCCCGGUUAUUUUUGUCGGCAUGAGCCUAUCUCCACCUGCCUCCGGCAUCAACUUUACGUCGGCUAUUGUGGUAGGUUACUUUUUCCAGUACUGGAUGCGCAAGCAUCGGGUGCAUUGGUGGUCGAGGUACAACUUUGUGCUAGCGGGCGCGUUGGAUUUCGGCACGGUACUAUCGUCAGUCGUGAUUUAUUUCCUGCUUCAGAUGCCUAAGAACGGGGCGCUGGAACUGCAGUGGUGGGGCAACCAGGUGUACAUGGAAACGGCAGAUGCGCAGCAAAUGCCCUUGCUCGUUGCGCCUGAGAACGGAUUUGCGCCACCGCCGGGAGCGUCAUAA